CCUGAGAAUCAAAAGGCAUUUUGUACUUGUUGUUAUAAUAUCGGUUUCAGUGCGUUCUUUUAGACGCCAUCAACUCAACAAAUGUCAUCUGGAUCCUCGAAAUUACUAAGUUCCCUUUGCAUUUAGUGAAAUUGACAGAUAAUUAUUGGUCCCUCGGUGGAAUAAAUCAAAAGGAAAAUAUUUCUGAGUUGUGAACACAGGAGAUACCCGGGUUGGAUCCAACAAUCCCUCCCUAACCUUCAACAUUUAGCCGACUUGUGCUUCCUUCCAAUUAAUCAAAUAAUAUUUCGCUGCAACGCUAUGGUACCUCUCGGGCCAUCACCAGGUCAUCAGGCCUCGGUUAAUAACACCUCGUCGACACCCACUAGCGGAUCAAAAGCAAGUUCCACUUUGAAACCGAAUUACACUUUGAAGUACACACUUGCUGGACACACCAAGGCCGUUUCCUCUGUCAAAUUCAGUCCAAACGGUGAAUGGCUAGCUAGUUCUUCUGCUGAUAAACUCAUAAAGAUAUGGGGCUCUUACGAUGGUAAAUUUGAGAAAACAAUAGCCGGACAUAAACUGGGGAUAUCUGAUGUGGCGUGGUCUAGUGACAGCAGACUUCUUGUGUCAGCUUCUGAUGACAAAACGCUGAAAAUUUGGGAGCUCAGUUCCGGCAAGUGCUUGAAGACUCUAAAAGGCCAUAGUAAUUACGUAUUUUGCUGUAACUUCAAUCCACAAUCUAAUCUCAUCGUUUCUGGAUCAUUCGACGAAAGCGUGAGAAUUUGGGACGUGAGAACAGGAAAGUGUCUGAAGACGUUGCCAGCUCACUCAGAUCCAGUGAGUGCUGUACAUUUCAAUAGGGAUGGCUCACUCAUUGUAUCGAGUAGUUACGACGGUUUAUGUAGAAUAUGGGACACAGCAUCUGGACAGUGUCUGAAGACAUUGAUUGACGAUGACAAUCCCCCAGUAUCGUUCGUUAAAUUUUCACCAAAUGGAAAAUACAUUCUCGCUGCAACACUAGAUAACACACUCAAGCUUUGGGAUUACAGCAAAGGCAAAUGCCUUAAGACUUACACUGGCCAUCGUAAUGAAAAAUACUGUAUAUUCGCUAAUUUCUCUGUGACUGGAGGAAAAUGGAUUGUUUCCGGCUCAGAAGACAACAUGGUGUACAUCUGGAAUUUGCAGACGAAAGAAAUUGUUCAGAAACUUCAAGGACACACAGACGUUGUUCUCUGUACGACAUGUCAUCCAACGGAUAACAUCAUCGCGUCAGCUGCAUUAGAAAACGAUAAAACGAUAAAAUUGUGGAAGAGUGACACGUAGGUAGAUCUCUCUGGAAGAUAGGAGUAAGGGCUGUCACUCGUAAUGUACAAAUUGAAACUACUACCUGCGUAGAAAUACCACAAUUAAUUCUAUCCCCAUUGUAUGGAGCAGACGGAAGAGCAGGAAUUUUAUUUUCGUACCGAAAGAAUAUGAAAUUAUUUAUACUCGAGAAAUUGGUUCCCCAUCGUUUUUCAAAGAAAAGCUUCCAGUUCUAUUGUGCUGUAGGAACCACAAUUACAAUCAGUUCCAUUAUGAAUUCAUACUGUUUGCCGUGAAUAAAGAAUUUUCCCAUUUGUAA